AUGGUUUGCAAAGUCAUCAAUUGUGUGUGUUUCUCAACAAAAAGAUGUAGCUGGGCUCGCGGAAGCGGCAAGAAGAGUUUCAAGAACAUCGAUGAUGAGGUUAAGGAGACCAAUUGCAACGCUUACAUCGUCCCAUUGGAAAAAACUGCUCCAAUGACAUCCGACUUCCGUGGUCUCAUCAAUAGACUGGAUGAAAUGGUUUUGGCCGAUCCCAAGAAAUUGGAGAAUGUCGUCACUUCAAAUUCCAGCUCCCACGAUUAUCCGGAUAAGAUCAGUUUCACUGGUUCACCACUUUUGGAUCCAAUAACUACUAGCAGUUGUGAAGUGCUCGAAGCAGCCAAACGUCAAUUCUUCGAAAAGUUCCGAGGAGAAGAACCGGCUCCUGCUCCAGGAUAUCUCCCCGUUCCUAUUAACCAUCUGGACAACUUGGAGCAAAUGCCCAGACUUCUCGAGGUGCUCUCAAGUACAAGUAUGAGUGUUGUUCGUGGGCUCGGCGAUGUGAUUGGACUGAAUCCUGAUGACUUCUUGAUUGAAACUCUUGCUAAAGUCUUGCAUGAUUAUGAUUUGAUAUGUCUGCGACAGAUGCCUCAGAAGGCAACCACCAACUACUGGAGCGUCCAACUAAAAGGAAAGAAGAGACCAAAUCCUCGCGAAUGGGCUUGCUACGACGCUCAUCAUACCAAGAAGCUCGAUGAAUUCAGUGAAUACUAUGAGACAAUUCAGGAUUUGGUGAGAGAAGCCAUCUUGCAACUCAACAACAACUUGGAGGAAGUCGAAAAAAUCAUUGAGGAGUUGGCGAACAAGAUGAAAGAGUCCAGUAUGUCAAUGGGCGGAAUCGAUGGAAGAUGCCACAAUGGGCGCAUUAGGUACCAAUAUGAAUUUGACGGAUUCUACGACUUGGUCGAGACAAGCAGCGAUGGCUGUGGAACACUUCUCAAUUUUGCUGGAGAGAUGAUUGAUGGUCUCAAUAAGCCGCAGAUGUACCUUAAACUUCCUGGAGCCCGUACCACUGGUCAUCUGGAGAACAAUUGCCUGGCCUCCCUGAACUAUAACAUGGCCCCAGAAGAUUGUGUUUGGUAUGGUGUCCCAAUGGAAUAUGCUGCCGAAUUUCAGAAAAUAAUUGCGAAAAAGAUGUCAUUGCUGACGAUGCUAGUAGAACAAUUCUGGAGCUGUGAAGAGGAAAUCCUCAAAGCUAGAAUCCCACUCCAGAUGUUCAUUCAGAAGCCAGGUGAGCUCGAUUAUGUUGGAAUUGGCACAUACCAUUGGGUACAAUCAAAUGGUUUCGCGAGGAAUCUCAAAUGGAACUUGGCCACGCCCACGUUCACUGAAUUGGCUGUAGCUGCCGCUUGUCAUGACCACUACGUGGCUAACAAAUACUCGUCAGAAUAUUACUUGGAAAUGGUGAUGCAGAGAGCUGAAAUGGAUGAGAAGAUGAAGAAGCUAGUGAAGUCUAUUCUGAUGCGAUCACACGCCAACAGAAAAUUCGAAAUCGACUACGUCUCGAAGAAUCACAAGGUCUUCACGAUUCGAGAUGCCAAAACUGGUGACGUGAAAUUGGACUCAGUCGAACGAUGUCAAGAAUGCCGUCAAGUACUCUUCAGUAAUGUCCCCGUUGUCCUUAUCAAAGAGCACAUUCCAAAACAAAAGGGCAAACCAGCAAAGUAUGUUGAGGAUGAUGGAACUGGAACAACAGCAGUUCCACUGGUAUUCUGCUUUGAGUGUUGUUCGAAGUAA